UCUCACCUCGACAGAAGCGCAUCACAAAAUACCUCUCCGAAAUCUCCGUUUUCUAAAUUUUCGAACAUUAUAGCAAAGAAUCACAAUUACUAAAAGAAACCUUUGGUAAACUUGAUUUGUCAAAUCAUAGUACUCACUUUCUGGAAAAAUGAGCCAGUGGCAAGUCAAAGCGGACGGAAUGGGGUACACGGAAAAUAACGUUGAAGUUCGAGACAUGUGGAAGUUUGAGGAAGUGGAAACUGUUGAGUCGUCGUUUGGAAGGGUUGGACCAUCAUUUCAGAUAACUAUGAUAAGUGAUGAGCCUGAGCUGGGCGACAUUUCCGAGUUGGAUGCAGUACCACCUGUUGAAGGGGAUCUUGGGGGAUGUACUGUUUCACAUCAGGAUCAGAUGAACAAUGCUGAAAAUGGAUCGGUGUCACAAGGUGUGUUUCAAUGUACAAUGUGUCCAGAAGGCUUCGAUAAAAAAUUGCUCCUCAACAAUCACAUGAAGAAAAAACAUGGAAUUAAUUUUGUGUUCACUGAGCGGGGUCGAAAAGUGAAAUUGGUACGAUUGCCGGAAGAAGACACACCAAAGGGAAAGGGACAUGCUAGUACUUCAAAGGAUGUUGAACAGCGCGUUUGUGAAGUACUUGAAAAUAAAUCUGAUGAAGAUGAGGAAGGAUCUGGUCAAGGGCUUGGGUGUGGUUAUGCCGUAAAAGUUGACACUCCAGCUUACCAUAAGGCAAUAGAGAGGAACGAGAUCCCAUUUGCGGCAUUCUUCCCUAUAAACUCGAAGACAGGGUACUUGCUAAGGGUGCAAGAAUACGGACCCAACAAUAAUUUAUUGGACCCAGCUAGCAGGAAUGAUGUCAUCAGGGCGUUUCAAUAUCACAGACAAAUCGGUUCAUCUUACACGGCAGGAGACUUAUUGCCAAUUAUUGCAUUUGUUCGUCAAUAUUACAACCAUACCACGCGAUCAACGGAUAUUAACAUUUGUUCCCCGGAGAAUAUCCCCGACUUGGAGCUAAAGUAUAUAAGUCGGGACAAUUUCACCACUAUUGCUUUUGCAAAUCCGGGAAACAAUGUAUCAAGCUGUGAUCCUACCGACGAUGAAGAGAUGGAUGAUGAGGAUCCACUACCACCACCCACACCAAAACCAAAACGACGAGGUCGAAGGACAAAGAAGGAAAUUGAAGAGGCAAAAGUGAACGCGAAUUGCCGGGAGAAGAGUGAUGGUUAAGAAUUUGGUGUGGAUGUAUGUAAUCUCAUCAACUUUUUCCAAUUUUCAGAUUCAACGUAUAAUUCAACAAGCUUAAAAUUCUACCUAGCUGCAAAUGAAUACCAGUAAAUACAGUAAAUACAUUUUCAUGAGGAAUAAUAACGAAAAACUCUUUUGUCUUGUGACUCCUCGAGAUUUUUAUUUUGACAACAUGAAGAUAGGAAAUUUUCACAUAAUUAUUGGAAACAUUACGAUUCUAAUGAUUUCAUAUAUAGAUAGAUAUAUGCAUGUACAUAUGUAUAGAUACAUAGAUAGUCAAAAAAGAUAACAUUUAUACUUUAAAAGACGGUUUACAAUUGCACCACCCAUUAUAAAGUUGUUCACUAGUCAUUAUAUUCUACUCCUACAAACUACGUUUUCAUCUAAUUGUGGUAAUAAUCAAUCAAUCGUCAAACUUCACAUGAAAUUUCCGUCCAUACAUAACGCGUGACAUUUUUAUUUGUGGUCCACAAGUUGUGGAGGAUAAAUCUGAAUCUAGAUACAUACACAAACUAAAACUGCAUAAACUACUUCUGUAUAUGGUACUUUUUCGGUAUUGGAUGACUUAAAAGUAUACUAGCUCAUUUGGCGUGAUGUUUGUAGUCCUUUUUUUCCUACCACAAAUAUGUAAAUUGAAACCAUGUAAAAGAACGAUUUUUUUAACAAUUAUCUUCACUACUUUGCACUCCAUGUUCGACGAAUUAAAAACAUAUCGUAUGUGUAGUCUCACAA